GCAGGAACUUGGAUGUGUUUGUGCUUGUGUGAAUGUCCGCUGUCAAAACUGCCGUGACUACUCUCAGUCACGGCAAUCUUUUAGAUGUUUCGCAAGCUUCUUGCACUGGUAGUAUUUCAUCAGUCGUAUCCAGUACGGAUGCUUCGUCCAUAUAUGGUCAAAAGAGGAAUGAGACUAGUUCGAAGCAUGUCAAGUGGCGUCGUGGAAAAAGCGCGGUUUCUCGUUCUAGGCAGAUGUCCGGAAGUAGUGAUUCCGGGUCACGGCCAGCGCGACCUUCUUCAUUUCCUCAGUCCAAGAAUGUUUAUGGAAAAUACAAUUUGUCUCCGAGGCAUUCACGCCCUCGUUCAAGACUUUCUGGAUCUGUCGUAUCUCUCGCAGACAGUGAAGUUGACUAUUUGAAGGAUGUGCUGCGUGGAUCGUACAGUCUAGAUGAGCUUUAUAUUCCGUCUCAUGAUCUUCGCAUAUUGGAGCGAAUGGCUCUUCGGGUGCAGAUGGAACGAGAACGCGAGUUGAAAGCAGAAGAGAAGCGCCAAAUGUGGUUGAGUCAAGAGAAACUUGCAAAAGAAGAGCGUGCGCGGCAGACGGAGGAAUACCGACGGCGAGUUGCCGAUCAGUGGCGUCGCGAACAAAUGCAAGCUGCGAUUAGAAAGAUGAAGAUUGAGGAGCGCGAAGCAAAGCUGUCGGAGAAAAUCCAGCAAGAAGUUGAUGAACGACAUCAGCAUGCUAUGGAACAAGUUUCCAAGCUGCGAAUGUCUCGCGACAGAAGGCUGAGAGAGCGAAGUCUGGAAUACGUCGCUCGGAAAAUGCGACUUGAAUCGGAAUUGCGGCGGCGGGAAAGAGAAGAAAAAGAAAAUAAAUUGAAGAAAUUGGAAGAAAGCGAACGAAGAAUACGCAUGGCACAAGACUGCAGACGACGAGCUGCGGAGUUGCAUCAACGGCGCCUGGCUGAGACGCACCGAAUGUCCCGUGAAAUCAAUCAAGCUAAACGUUCAGAGGUUGUUAAAAAAACUGAUACCGUCCUGGACUCCAUCAGGCAUCGUAUGUUCGAACGCGAGCAAAUAGCUUCAAGAAAUUAUCAGGAAGUAGUCGCCAAGAAGAACGAGCAUCUGAAGUUGCAAGGUGAAGAGCUCAGGCGUAAAAUGUUGCAUGUUUCAACUGUUCGACGUCAACUUGAUGUGGGAUUCGAAGCCUGGAGAAAAAAGAUAGAAGAAUUACAAGCUUCUGGACUUGAAAAGGCUCAAGCAACAGUUGAGCAUGAAAUGGAACGUCGCGUUCGGGAAGUGCGCGAUGCAGAAUCUCGUCGGAAGUCUGGACAAUCCUUGAAUCGAAAACGAAUCGAAGUGCAAGAAGCAGAGGAAGAAGAAAGGCGUCGACAGCGAUUAGCGAGGAAAGAGAAAAAAGCAGACAUGCUGAAACAAGAUAAGGAGCGCGCUAUACAAGAUUCAAGAUUGAUAGCGAACACAACUGCUUCACUUCGCGAUCGCUUGCGACGCAGUAUCUCUCCGGAUACCUUCGACAAAAAAGCAGCAAAGGCAAACGCGCAGUUGCGAUUUGUCGGUCGUCCAAUGACAGCGUCGUUGCGUCAGAGACCUUCUGGCAUAAAAUCCCAUAUUCUUUUGGGUUGA